AUUAUGUCGAAAAGUAAUGUAAUGUUGUAGUUUUCUAAUGUGUGUAAUAAAAGUUCCUAAUCUUCGAGUGUCUGUAACUGAUAACCAAAUGGAGGUUUAUUUCUGAAUUGCCCUCAUAUAUAAGACUUAUACAUAGAAGUAAGAAGCAAAAAGGAAAAGAGAUUAAAGCUUCAUCAUAAGAAUAAAAGAAAUAGAACUAAUUAAUUUACCCGAAAGCAACUCACUAUGCUUCUCCAUACCUUGUUAUCUUUAUAAACUAUUUUUCUUCAGCCCCAUUCAAGCAUUGCUUCAUAUAUUUCUUUUUAUGCUUGUAACAUCUCACUAUUCAACUUAUUCACAAAUUUCUCAUUCUUCCCCUUCCUCUUGACCCACUCACUCUUCAUGAGUAUACAUGUUUGUGAUUCCAUCUCUAUUGGUUUUGCCUCCUACUGGUCAUUCACUUUUGUUUUUGAGAUUGUUUUCUUAAAGUGCCCUUUAUUUUUUACCCCAUUACCAAACAUAUUUCUUCAAUACUCAAAACACCAAGCAGGAAGAGGAGCCAUGAAUAGAAUAUACUGUAUAUAAUCUUCCUCAACCUCUUUCCUCAAUGCUGUGCUCUAAAAAGAAAAGACUGAAUAUUGAUGUGGAAUUAUAUUAAAAUUUAAAUCUUAGAAUUUAUAUAUUGGUAUCAGAAUUGCCUGGACUGGAUAACACAUUAAUCCUUUCUUCCCUGAUUUGGCCUCCAAACACUUGUGAAUUUCAUGGUCAAACAGGUAGAGAACAUACUUAUGGUUUGCAAAUCAUAAUGGCACAUCAUCCCACACCAAAAAUCAAACAAGAUAAUAUUUAUGUUAAGGAUGAAAAGUUUUUUCUUUCAUUAACAAAUAAAUAUGACUUCCCUUCUGAAAAUUAUUGACACUUGACAAAUAUACUUAAUAUGAAAUAAGAAUUUAGGCCAUUGAGUUUAACCUCCUGUUAAAUACAAGAAGUAUCCAUGACAGAAGGCUAUCUAGCUUCUGCUUGAACACAUUUAUCUAUCUCUUAAAUUUAUAUAUUCACUCAUCUCAUACAAAAUGACUGGACACUUAUAAUUGCAAUGACUUACCACUGUAAUUCUGGAUUCAAAUACAAUUAUAAGUCAAGGACUAUCUGUAUUGCCUGAGAGAAAAAUGUGAAUGCUUUAAAUUGGGUGCCAAACUUGCAACGUCAUGUGAUGUGUGUUGCAACGUAUUGCAACAAUGGGGUGGGCAUGGUUUUGCUAUGAUGCAUCCGGCCCGCAGGCUGGCAGUUUGACACCCCUGCUUUAAAAAGUUGCAGAAAGAUGCUAUAUAUGUUGCCUGCAAAAUGAUACAUGCCUUUCCAAAAUCUGAAAUGUGUAUGGUUCUGUUAUUAAACCUUUGACCUGUUGGAGAAAUUAUGUUUCUAUAAGGAACAAAUGAUUUCUGACAAUCUUUUGUUAGGAAUUAACAUAUUCCAUGCUACAUCUUUUUCAUGUAAUAGCUUCCUUUUAUGAAUGAAAGCUGACUUUCUUUUAUUUCAGAAAAGCCAUUUAUGUAAAUGAUCUUUGUGUAAACUCCUUAAUAUGUUUAAUGUAUUCUGUAAACUUUUAAAGUCAAUCUUAGGUUUCAGUUCCCUCAUUAUAUCCCCACCCAUCAGCAAUGUACACUGACACCAAACCUGAUAAAAGGACAAAUGUUCCUUUGGCCCAUUCAAAAACAGAUAACACGAAACCUGUUACAAUUCCUGCUGCCUCUUGCAAAACUUGCAGGAGCAAAGCUGAAAAAAUACAAUGAGUAAGACAACUGGAGAUCCUCUGAAAGCUGUUGGAGUUGAUUUUCUCAAGGAUGACAACACCCAUCUUCAUCAUACCAAAGAUUUUUCCCAUAGUAGCUUAAUUGUGAGACGUGGGCAGGAAUUUCAGCUAAAAGUGACAUUUAGCAGGGAGCUGCAAGACAAUGACAAAGUCACUCUACAGCUGAGCAUUGGUGAAACACCAAUGCCAUCCAAUGGGACUUUCAUAACCCUGAAUGCAAGGGCACAACAAGAUGCUCAACCAUGGCAUGCUAACAUUUGCCAAACAAAUGGGAAGGAGUGUGUGAUAGCUAUAACCAGCCCAGCUGAUGCAAUUAUUGGAAAAUAUCUUCUGAAAGUGGAUACAAGAUCUAAUAUUUAUAGUCCUACUCCGAAUUUUAUCUAUGUUUUGUUUAAUCCUUGGUGUCAAGCGGAUUAUGUUUUUAUGCCGGAUGAUGAUGAAAGAGCUGAGUACAUCCUCAAUGAUACUGGCUACAUUUAUGUAGGAUCAGUAGCAAAUAUUCGUGGAAGGCCAUGGAAUUUUGGGCAGUUUGAAGAUGAUAUUUUGGAUUGCUGUAUGUACCUUCUGGAGAAAAGUCAGCUCAAGCCAAGUGCUAAAAAGGAUCCGGUGAUCGUCUCCAGAGUCAUGUCAGCUUUGGUUAAUUGUGACGAUGAUUGUGGAAUUCUGUUUGCAAACUGGUCAGGACGUUAUAUUGGUGGCACAGCUCCUUUGGCCUGGACAGGAAGUGUCCCAAUUUUGCAACAAUAUUACAAGACACAAAAAAGUGUCCUAUAUGGUCAGUGUUGGGUUUUCUCUGGAGUGGUUACCACAGUUAUGCGCUGUCUGGGGAUUCCAUGCAGAAGUAUAUCAAAUUUUGUUUCAGCUCAUGAUACAGAGGAAAACCUUAAAGUGGACAUUUAUUUGGAUGAAAAAGGAAGAAAAAUAGAUUCAUUAACAAAUGAUUCAGUUUGGAACUUUCACGUAUGGAAUGAAGUCUGGAUGAAAAGAGUGGACUUGCCCAGUGGCUUUGAUGGUUGGCAGGCAAUUGAUGCCACACCUCAGCAAAGGAGCGAAGGAAUUUUCCAGUGUGGCCCAAGCCCAGUCAAGGCCAUCAGAAAUGGAGAAGUCUACCUUCCCUAUGAUUCUAAGUUUGUGUUUGCAGCAGUGAAUGCAGACAAGAUCUUUUGGUGUGUAAAGAACGAGAAGAGCACAAAAGACUGUGUCAAGCUGUGGGAAGAAAAUAAGGCAAUAGGGAAAAAAAUCAGCACUAAAGCUGUUGGGAAGAACAUCCGUGAAGACAUCACUAUCCAAUACAAAUUUCUGGAAGAUACUCCCGAAGAAAGAAAAGCUGUGGAAACUGCUUGUUCCUACCUUUCAAAACUUCCAAGCCAUGAAUCUAUAUCUAACCCGCUGAAGACAAACCUGAAACUUGGGGUAGAAAAAAAAUAUACUUUGUGGCCUGGACAGCCAGUUGACCUGAACCUCAUUGUAGAGAAUGAAUCUGUGGGGAGUUGGAGUGGCUGCCUUUCUGCUUCUUGCCAGCUUGAAUCUUACACUGGGAAAGUGUAUGCAGACCUUUCAACAAUCAAGCAGAUGGUCCAGACUGAAGGCAAACCAGUUAUUCAAAUACCUUGGAAAAUAUCAGCUGAUACUUACAUGCAAACAAUUAUGUCUACUGAAGAUGAACUUCUGAUCAAAGUCAAUGUUAUUGCUGAAGUUCAAGAAACCAAUGAAAAAUUCACAAAGCAGAUUAUUCUAAAUUUUGAGCACCCACCUCUCAAAAUCGAAAUGGCAGACACUGCAAAGGUUAAUCAAGAUUUUACCUGUGCAUUUAUUUUCAAGAAUACAUUAUCCAUUCCAUUGGAAAACUGCAAAUUGUAUGUAGAAGGCCUGGGCAUUUUUAUAAUGGAAGUAUUUGAUCAAGGGGACAUAGAACCUGGUAAAAUCUUUAAAUCCAAAAUAGUGUGUGCUCCAAAGAAGAGUGGACUGAAGAAGAUAGUGGCCAAACUGAAUUCUACCCAGCUAAAAGAAAUAACCGCGGAAAAGAUUAUUUCCAUCAUUGAAUAGUGAUGACGGUAUUCUCAAAGAUCAUCACUUGGUGGCACUAGAGAUACAUGUUAUAAUUCAAGUCUCUAGAUUUUGCUUGCAGCCUUGAUUGUGGCUGAAAAGAUUAUAAAAGAAUUUAAGUAGUUUCAGGAGAUUAUUAUUUUGAUUUUAUCUAAUGAAGAUUUAAUAGGUUAUUGAAAUAUGCUUUUAUGUUUGCAGAAUUCUGACAAUUUAUAACCACUAAAUAUGUGAAAUCUGGAAUCUGAAGGAAUUAUCUUUGUCUUCCUUUGUGUGAUGCUGGCAAUAUUUAUGCCUUCUUUUCUCAUUUUAUAAUUUGUAACUGUUCCGCACUGUAGUCUAAUUGCUAAUAUGCAACAUGUUACAAAGCUGCAUACAUUUUAUGUUCUUUCAUUUAUAAUAUGUUAAGUAGUAUUGGAUAUAUUAGACUGGCUUCAAGUUUACUUUCCAUGACUAAUGUAACUAAUACAGAUUCCAAUAUUCUUUUCUACACACGUAUACUCUAUGAACAUGAUUAACUAUGAAGCACAAAUUAGUUCCUAAAAAUUCUUUAAGUGUUUAUAUCACCAAAAGUAAAUUAUGUCUCCUAGUUCAAAGUAUAUCUCCAUAUACUGUACUUUCUCUACCACUUCUAGUUAUGAAUUAAUAGUUCCUAUUCAAUAAAAACAUGUUUUCUCAAUCAA